AUGAAGCUGUACGCCCUCGCAGAAAAGGUUGCGACAUCUAGCCAAAUGAUCACAAGCAUCGGGGACGAUAUCAGCAGCACAUGCGCCAUCCUCAACCAAGUGCGCGAAUUGAUCAUACCUCAGCCCGAUGCGCAAGGCGUUCUCACGUCGGUUUUCAACUCUGUCGCUCUGAAGGACAUCUCAGAUGCUCUUCAACGUUGCAGGUCAGUUUUCACGGAGAUUGGGACCCUGCUGCGUUGUGCAUUCGAACAAGUGGGAAAGCGCCCUGCGUUGCACUCAAAAAUCGAGCUAUCCAUGCUUGAAAAGGCAAAAUGGCCGUUCUUGCAACCCCAAUUCGAUGAUCUUCGCAGCAAUCUCUGA